CGUCAGUCAGAGUAAUAGUAAUUCCUGGCCCAAAGCGAUUUCAGGUUUUGGGUGCCGUGAAUCAGCAGUAAUGGAAGGUUUUGUGUCCAAUGUGGAAGUCUGCAAUCUUGCUUACACUGGGAAGUUCGACCAGCUGAAACAAUGCAUUUUAUCCGAAAAAUCAUUGGCUUCCAAAACAGACCAGGAUCACAGAACAGCUUUGCACUGGGCUUGCUCAGCCGGUCACACAGACAUCGUGGAAUUCUUGUUGGAUCUUGGAGUGGAGGUUAAUUUAAAAGAUGAUGUGAGUGACAUUUAUAUUGCUGAGGCAUCCUGGACUCCACUACACAUUGCAGCCUCAGCAGGAAGAGACGAGAUUGUGAAAGCUCUGAUAACUAAAGGAGCACAGUUGAACUCUGUUAAUCAGAAUGGCUGCACCCCUCUGCACUAUGCAGCUUCCAAAAACAGAUAUGAGAUUGCUCUAAUGCUGUUAGAAAAUGGAGCAGAUCCAAAUGCCACCGAUAAACUGGAAUCUACUCCAUUGCACCGAGCUUCGGCAAAAGGAAACUUCCAACUGAUUCAGCUUCUCCUAAAACAAAGUGCAUCUACUAAUAUCCAAGACUCUGAGGGAAAUACGCCACUUCACCUGGCUUGUGAUGAGGAACGCGUGGAGGUAGCCAAGAUGCUGGUGGAACAUGGAGCCAGCAUUUAUAUCGAAAACAAAGAGAAGAAGACCCCGCUUCAGCUUGCCAAAGGAGGCCUGGGAUUACUGCUGAGACGGAUGGUGGAGGGAUGAUUAGGACUGCUCCUUUAGCAGCACAUGCAAUCCUUUACCACAUAAAAAAAGACUAUACAUGGACUGCCCUGUUGCAUCACCAUUCAUUUCCCAAUGUGUUUAAAGACAUUUGAAAGUGCAUUUGGAGUUUGACGAACUAUUAAACCAAUUCUCAGUUGCAUCGUGUUUCAUCUUCAUAAUUGGCUUUCUUGUGUCUCAAUGGCUUGAGGAAUGCAUUUCUGUAAUGAUCAGAAGGAUAUUGACAGAUGGGGAUAUUUCAUGUUCAAGAAAGUUUUGAAUUUCUGUUUUAUUAUUAUUAAAUGUCACAAAAGUGAAGCUCAGAAAUGUUUUUUUUUUUACUUAAUACUGCAGUGUAUGUAAAUGAUUGCACAUUGUAGUAUUUUAACUGCCUAGCAUUUAUUUAGAACAUUCCAUUGAAAUAUGCCUGACGUGUUUACUUUUUAAACAGAUAUUAACAGUUAUUUUAGAAGAUUUAGAACAUUUAAAAAAUGUGUCAUCACAUAUUCUUCAAGAAUGUUGAAUAACACCAGGUUCAAGUUAGGUAAUAUGUGCUAACUGUCAUUUAAUACAUCUGUUCUGGAUUGGAGGAAUAAAAUUUUGUUUGGGAAACUGAUGUUUUAAUUAAA